AUGGACGAAUCCAUACAAAAGGUGGAAUGGCGAACGUAUUAUCCAUACGUAAAGUCCUUCAGAAACAACGACGUCAUUGAAAUCAUCAUCAAUCAAGCCGAUGUUUUCGAUGCUACUUACGACGGUCAGAUACUUAUCAGCGGGAAGAUUACAAAGGUUGGUAAUGGAGGCGUAUCCUUCGUAAACAACGCAGCAGCCUUUAUGUUUUCCUCAGCCACAUAUGAAAUAAACGCUAAGGAACUGAAAAGUAUACGUGAAGUUGGUCUAGUGAGCACAGUUCGCGGGUACUUGUCCUAUUCCGCCGAGGAUUCCAAGCACUUAUCUAUAGCCGGAUGGAAUUAUCCUAAUGUGGCAACUCUAAACGCUGACGGAACGUUUAAUUUCCUCAUCCCGUUGAGGGAUGAGGAAAUUAACCUUUUCAACGACUAUCGCGUGGUGACGUGUAGCAAACAAUGUAUUAAAUUGAUAAGAGCCAGUAACGAUUCCAAUUGUUUCUUGGUUAAGGAGAAGGUAACUACCGAUAAAACUACAGUGACUCCGGAUAUUCAAAACAUCGAGGUUAAAAUUAAACGACUAUACCCUAACGAUGAAAUAAAACUUAGCCUACUAAAAGCCAUAAAAGCCGAUACGCCCAUAUUGAUACCGUAUAGACAAUGGGAUUUGCAUAUGCUACCUGCACUUACGGCUGGAGCUACAAAAGAAAUUUGGGCUGUUAAGACUACUUCUGCGAUUGAAAGUCCCAGAUACAUCAUUGUAGGUUUCCAGACGGCUAAACAGAACAAAUUUACUGCCGAUCCGACGCACUUUGAUAACAUUGACAUUACCAACAUUAGAUUAACACUAAACAGUGAGAGCUUCCCCAACGAGAGGAUGCGAUUAAAUUUUACAAAGAAUGACUACGCCGAAGCUCAUUACAACUACACCGAGUUUUAUCCAAGUUACUCGAAUACACUACAGAAGAAAUCUUUACUAGAUUACGACACCUUUAAGAAUCACGCCUUUUUCGUCAUCGAUUGCUCGAGGCGGGAUGAAAGCAUGAAAUCGUCUACCGUGGACGUAAGGUUAGACAUUGAAGCAGCACAAGGCUUUCCCGAUAAUACCAGCGCCUAUUGUAUAAUCGUACACGAUUGUAUUAUGGAACACUACCCACUUAGCGAAAUAGUCAAGAAUCUAGCUUAA